AUGUCACAUAUUGCACCCCGGCCUCCGCAACCUCCCCCGGCCGCCCAUCUUCGAGCCCGCAGCGACCCCCCGGCGGCCCCCGAAAAGAGACUUGAGCUCGUCGGUAAGCUCGAGGGCUGCAUCCACGAUGUCCUGGAGGCGACCAAGGCCUUCAAGGCCCCCCAGCCACAGUCCGCCCACCAAAAUGCCAACCAAAUGUUCCAGCAGCGCGUCAUGGCCUCGCAGGCCCGGUCGGGGGACAUGUCGAACCAGGACUGGGUCGGCACCAUGAUGCAGUGCUUGAAUGAGAGCAUGAAGACGCAGCAGAGCUCCUUUGUCCGCAACACGACGCUCGACGUCGCCCUCAAGGCUUUUGCUUCGGGCGUCUUUGAAACCCUCGGCCUGACCUACUUUCGAGAGCCUUUCGACAAGUACGUGGCGGCGUCGCGGCAAAAAAUGGCAGUCAACACGGCUGUUCCGCAUCAUGGGCCGGCAAACUUUGGCAUUCCCUCGCCGCCGAGAGAAAUCGGCCCCGGUCCGGGCCUCAUGCAGCAACCGGGCCCGCAAGGCCUCCUGCGAGCGCCGGCCCAACCCCCGACAUUUCCUUCUGCACACCAUCAACUUGCUCAGAGCCCUCUCCAUGUCGCUAGACCCACCGUGAUGACCCUGCCGCAAGAGCAGCUGCACGGCAUGCCCAUAUUCCAGUCAACCAUACCAUCCCCCCUAACCCCGGCCCCAGUCCCGGCCGCAGUCUCGGCACUGGCCCCGCCACCGAAAUCUCGGCUUGGUCGUCCACCCAAGCGUCCAUCACCAAGCGCAGUCUCAUCUCCUACUGCACGGAAAAGAGCGUACACCUCCGAGGCCCUCCGACAGGCAGCAGGCCCCAUGGGACCGCCACCACCACCACCACCACCCCCGGCUGCGCAGGCCCGCAGCAGCGCCCCUCCCAGACCCAGACUGUGCAUCGACGUCUGGAACGUGCAACAGGAGCGCGAUCCGAGAAGACGGCAGGCCAUCCUCGGAUACGGCGGCAAGUGGUACGUGUUCCAGUGCCAUCAGCACGAAGAGGUGCUCUUCUUCAAGACGGCCGACGGGGCGCGGCAUCACAUGCUCACGCGCCACGCCUUGCCUCACCAGCACGUCGACUUCCUAGACAUUGUCCGCGAGCUCGGGGUCGAGGUCAUGCACUGCGACGCUGCGCGCGCGGAGAAGAACAACCUCGACGCGGUCAACCUGUGGAACUUUGCAGCUUCAAGUUCUGCGAGUCCCGUGGAAAGCCCUCUGGCUCAGCAAGCAACAGUGUUGCGCCGUGACGUGGUUGUCCCCGUUCAGGAGCCUGUUCGAGCUCCGCCCGUGAGCACGCUGCCAAGGAGCGCUUCGAGGGCUUCCCCGGCCGUGCAGCCCGAGCCGGCCUUGCUGCCGCAGACACAGCGUGACUCUCCCAGCAUUGUACUACUCUCCGAUGAUGAAGAGGAAGACCAGCCGGCUGUUACAAUAAAAAGAGAGAGAGAAGAGAAGGAAAGUAUAUCCUUCCCUGCCAAGGUAGAGCAAGAAACAAGAAUCACCCCGGUCCCCGCCGAGGCAUCUGAGCUCGCUGGUCGAGCUAUUGAGGCCCUCAAGGCGAGUCGAGCACCGUCAGUCCCUCCGUUGCACGAGAGAGACGAAUUGCCCACUCAGCCACUUCGCACUUCACAAAGUCCCGAGAAACUGCAGACCGUCGAGCCUCCCGCGAAGGAUUCUACUAUCCCGGCUGCUUCAGAGACGGUCACGGAAAGAGCAGUUGUGACGCGCGACGCUCCAGAGAGCAUUCCGGAUCUAGAGCCAGACUCACCGCAAUCUUCUGAGCUGAGUGAAGCGCCGUCUCUCCAAGACUUGGACUCAUUUGCGCCCGGACCGGCCCAAGCAGACGCCCCCGAAGUGGCAGAUGAUGAGCUGGAGGAAGGCGAGAUUACCGAGUCGACGAUUGAAGUCGUACCAUGGGCUCCGGUGCGGGAAGAUACGACUGCUUCCCCGGACUCGGGCAAGAAGAAAAAGAAGCGAAGAAUUAGCGGUGCUAUUUCAUCAUCUGGGACGCAGAGAAAGAAGCUGCCCUGGACGCCCAAGUCGUCGCAGAAGAAGGCCGGACGACAGUCGUUUUGGAGCCCGUCGCAGGAGGGACCGAGCGCUCAUGACCAGUUCAAGACAAGGGCGUGUAAGAAGUGCUCCGAGAGGUUCUACUUCCGAGCUCAGCUGGCGACACACAUGAAGACCGAGCACCCGGAAGUAGUGCAGUAG